AUGCUAUCUCUAAGCAUGUUACGGUUGGUGAGAACUUCAGUAAGGGUGUGGUUGGCAAUCUAAUGUCUUAGAAUACUCUCACACAUAAUUCUUACAUUUUCAUUAGCAUUACCACCUUGUGUGUACUUGUAGCACUUAAAGGGACCAUCUCCUUCUCUGUGGACAGACCAAAUAGCAAAUCCAGAUACUUCAAGACCUUGCAUUUCUUUAGUGACAUUGUUGGCACUGAAGGAGACCUUUUCAAUAUUACUAGGGAAGGUGACAGCAGUCUAGUAAGGUAGAACAAAGCACUUCAAACCAAUACCAGCUUUCUUGAGUACACCGUUUUCAAUAACUAGCAUCCACUAGUUAGGUUCUGACUAAACCCAUAGCUUAGAAAUAGAUUUUGCAACAUAAGUUACACCACCAACUGCUACUACACCAAUAACAAGAGUUGAAGUUGAAGGGAAAAUUGAGGUUAUUGUUUGCAAGAAAGUCAUUUAAUUUUUUUUUUUAACUUUUGAUUUGUUUGUUUAAUUAAUUUAUUUUUUAUGA